AUGAGCGCUGUCGACGGCUCGGAAACCUCUUCCUUCAAGGCUCCUAGACGGAGUCGGCAUCCUUCAACCGCCUCUAUCCGGAGUACCGCGUCAAGCAGGUCACCACGCCCUACCGUUUGGCGAACUGUGAAUACGUUGAGAGGAAGGACAAAUAGCCUUAGCUCGGGCUCAGAACCAACUCUUACGACUGUCGUUGCGACUCCACAAAUCACACCAACUUCCACCGCUAGCGCUCGUGAGCGAAUGGAGGCUUAUAGCAUACCAAUUGCUGGCCCCUCCUCGACCAGCGGCAUUGUCCAACACGAGAUUGAGGCAAUUCCGGAAGCGGAAUCGGAUACUCCGACAGUUGAGGUGGCCAACUCGAUAACAUUCCCUGUCUCCGUUUCCCCAACCCCCAGCCGGUCAUCUUGGUUCGGCUCCCUGUCCCGCGCUAAGGGCAAAGAGAAACUAGUAGCAGCAGCUACUUCCUCGGCCCCAAACCUCCUCGAGCCGGUGCCUACAUCAUCAUUGCCCGUUGCGGAUCCUGUUCCCCCUCCACUUUCUGAGCCAGUCACCUCUUCCAACCCCGACACACCCGAGCGAGUGGAUCCGUUUAUCUCGGAAAUACCACCCCCACCGCCAAUUCCAGUCACCAAUAAACGACCAACCUCGAAACGGUCUUGGUUUGCAACUUCACCCUCGCAGCCAUCACCUCUACGGACUGCAUCACCACCCCAGCCAGUCCCGCAGCCACUGCAUAUUCCAUCGGAGACUGCAAGUGUCGCUUCAUCUAUCGACUCGUCCGUUCCACUCCCGGUGGCCACACCCCCGGCUGACAUACCCGUCAGCUUCCCACUUUCUUCCGAAGAACCUCCAGACGACUCGACGGUCCGCAAAAGACCGCGUCUCUCUUCACUCAAUCCUGCCGUUGGCCACUUUGGAAUAGGCCUUCCAUUGCUCGGCACUAAGCCGGUGCCUGUUACUUCUGCUGCUGAAGACACAAGUCAAUCGACCGAAACAGCCGAAGCCUUCGUCCAAGAGAUCACACAAGCUACAACCAUAAGCACGUCUAUCGAGAACGGUGUCGUCGAGGAAUCUGGCACGCAAACAACGGAAAUCAAGCUGGAACAGAGAACCGUUCAAGCUAGUACGUGGUGGGAUUAUGUGGGAUGGAGUUCUGGCCCGGCAGCAGCGCAGCCACCAGCCGAAGACGACAAAGUUGAGCCAACUGCGGAGGCCACAACACCUAAGCCUGUUUUCCAGCAAAUUCCCGAAGAUGUGGAGCUACCCGCAGCUGAUGAGGCAGCCACUCCAACCCCUGAAGUGACUGUCACUGCGGCCUCAGCAGAACAGCCCGCUUCUUGGUACUCCCCGUGGGCCUGGUAUGGUUAUGCCCCACCAAACCCUAACCAUACGAACGAUCAAAAGCCCAUGAUUCAAGAAACCGAAACCCAACCUGAUCCUGUUAAUAUUCCAGUCGAACCUGAAAUCGCUAGCUCUCCGGAGGCAGCGGAGGCAGAGUCGGGCGCUUCUUUACCAGACUCGACCAACACGGCUGCACAGCAAAAAUAUUGGACAUCAUUUUUCUCCUCAUCGAACAAUCGGGUGCCAUCAAAGGAAUCAAAUGUGAAGCUUCCUCCGGAAACGAGUACAAUGGAUCCAACGGAGACUUCAAGUGAAUCAUCGCCUUCAGUCUCCACAGCAGCGCUCCCAAAGACUCCUUCGUCAGUCUCAUUACCAAAUCCCGUUGCGGACAGCAUGACGACACAGCGGGCUAGCUGGGUGUCAUUCUUCAAUACGGGCACUCUGGGAUAUAUAUCGCGGAAAACUGUGACCUCAGGCGAGCCUGAAAUCAUGGAGAUUGAUGUGGACGAUAUUCCUGCCGAGGAAGAAGCUUCAAAGACAACUGCUGCUUCACCACCUCCGAUUGCAAAUACGAAGACGGAGGUCAAAGCGGCAAAGCGCAUUGAAGGAGCCAAGGACAACGCUGAGCCGAAGGCUCCCAAGGAGGAUAAACCUGCCAAGGUCGUUAAAAAUGAAGUUCCCUCGACAACGCCUCUUUCCAAGAACUCGAAGUCGAAACCAACAGCUCCUCCUUUAACCAUCUCUGAAUCGGUCAAGAAGCAAGUCGCGAACAAUACCGGCACGAUCAGCUCUCGACGCUCUUCUUCUCCAGCACCGUCGGUCGCGUCACGUGGAACGGGAAGCAAAAGUCCAAAGAAACCAGCGUCAAUUGCGCCGCCGCGAACACCGACUCCCAAUCUCGUCCUUCCAACGUGGGCGGAUACAUUCCAUACUCCUCCGCGCUCCGUUGUCCCUCAACGCUUCAUUGAUGGCGGAAGAACUGUUGGGCGAGCAGUUGUUGAGAAGACUAUGAAAUUCGUCAGUGGGGUCUUGUUCGCUGCAGACGGUUCCCCGAGUCGAAAGAGACGAUCAUCACUGGGUAGGAGUAAAUCCCAUGACGCGGAGAGGCGGUAUGAAGAGUGGGGUCUUGGUCUCCCUAGAGCUUGGGACAUUCUUAAACCUGCUGUCGCCCAGGGACGCACGGCAGACAACAAAGAAGGUAACAUCGAGGAUGUCUUGAGAGGAUGUAAGCGGGUGGCUAUCAUCGGUAUACAUGGCUGGUUCCCUGGUGCGGUAAUGCGGAGCGUCCUCGGUGAGCCGACAGGAACUUCGACAAAAUUUGUCAACAUGAUGGUCACUGCAUUAGAAGAUUUUCAAACGGAGUACGACGUGCGCAUAGACAAGAUCACAAAGAUACCAUUAGAAGGGGAGGGAACCAUUGAUAGGAGGGUGGAAAAGCUCUAUACCACUCUAACCUCGAAUUCUGAAUGGAUGGACGAUAUUCAUGCUGCUGACGUUAUAUUUGUCGCUACACAUUCACAAGGCAAAACUACAGGAAGCAUCGUGUCCACACACAUCCUCAACCGUCUCAUCACCGAUGGUCACAUUCAAACCGGCGGCUAUGAUUCCCAAAAGUCUCCAGGCAGUCCAUCUGUUACUCAAUCAUUGCCUCCAGCGCCCAAACAGCGUGUCUGUUGUCUGGCUCUCUGUGGAAUCCAUCUUGGCCCUCUUCGAUAUCUGAACUCCAGUUCGUUGUUGCUACCAUAUAUCCAAUAUUUCGAGUCCGCCGCGGCGAAAGAGUUAUUCGAGUUCCAGAACACGGACAACGAAGUCUCACGAUCCUACGUCAAGUCAUUGGAAAAUGUGCUCGACAACGGGGUUAAAAUGGUCUAUGUUGCCUCGCUGAACGACCAGGUAGUUCCCAUCUACUCCGGCCUUUUCACAGCGGCAUCCCAUCCAUUGAUUCUGAGGUCUCUCUAUAUCGAUGGAGACGUCUAUCAUUCCUCCGACUUCCUGUCCAACCUCCUCGUGCUGUUGGUGAAGUUACUCAACGCUGGCCUCUCAGAGCGUCUUGUAACACACCUGUCCGAAGCUACGGCCGGCUCACUCAAUGGCGUUGGCCACUCGACUGCGUACGAAGAAGUUGCUAAUUACUCGUGCGUCUCUCCCGCGGUGAAGUAUUUGUUCCUCACGAACAGCGGAUUUGAGCCUCAUCCUAAACUUGUCAUGGAGCCGUUCAACGCUAGUACGGAGCAGAACGAUUACGAGAUUCCUUGGUCGUUGCGGGACAUGAUCGCCGAUCCACAUGUCGCGCACUUCUUCUCAAAGGAGAUCUCUGAACUGGCGGCGGCCUUUAGACACUGGUCGCCCAAGACCACCAUUCUCCGCGACGUUAAGCGUAAACUGCAGCCCAUCCAACGGCAUGCAACCUCACUGGGACAGACAAGUAGUACUAAUAGCAAGUUGUGA